AUGUCUGUUUUCAAAGCACGAAGAAUAAUUAAUCAGAUUCGUGGGCGUUCCUAUGAAGAAACACUUAUGAUACUGGAACUCAUGCCUUAUCGAGCAUCUUAUCCUAUUUUGAAAUUGGUUUAUUCUGCAGCAGCAAACGCGAAUCAUAACAUGGGUUUGAACAAAGCUGAUUUAUUCAUUAGUAAGGCCGAAGUCAAUGGCGGUACUAUUGUGAAAAAGUUAAGACCUAGAGCUCAAGGGCGUAGUUAUCCUAUAAAAAAACCUACUUGUCAUAUAACAAUUGUAUUGAAGGAUAAAUCUAAGUCGUUUUUAAAUGAAUCUAAGAUCUAA